AUGAUGGAAGUAAGUGACGUGCCCCAAACGCACCAACCAACGGUGCCAGCCAGUUCGAUGCAAUCGCAGUUACCGUUGGACUUUAGCGUAACGAUGGUGAACAUUAAGGUGAACAAUAUUAACGUGAACGUCAGCACGGCCGGUCUCGGUGCAAACGGUGGCUCCAGUGGCAACAACAACAACAAUAAUAGUAACAAUCACAACAACAAUAAUAACAACGGCAUGUGUGGUGCGUUGAUCGGCGGUAAAGGUGGAGAACGGGAAACGACCGGAAGCUCGCUGAACGGUGGGGCCAACAUUUCGAUGAGACCCGUGAGUCCGAGCUUGCUCCUGACGUCGCCCAACAAUCCGGCGGUGAACGGGAACGGCGGGAGCAACGGUUCGACGGCGACAAGUGCUUUCAAGGUGGUGAUGCCGAGAGGAAAAGCCGACGUUGCGGCGCCUCCCUCGGCGAACGGAUUCUCGCCCCUCAUCUUCAACAACGAUCUGCUGGUGAAUCACUACCGCCGGUUGCUGCAUCCCGUGGCGUCGGCCGUACCGCGACUUCCGAACGGUGCUAACGGUUACAACGACGUGCCUGACGUCCCACUCAAGGGCCAAAGAGACGAGAUCAAGUUCGGCGUGAGCCGGCUGGUCAAGAACGAAUCGGAGGAUGAGGACAAUAACAACGUUUACCAUCACCCCCAUCAUCACCAUCCGCACCUGCAGCAACACGCGCCACACCCGCAGCAUCAACAACAACAUCAGCAGCAACAACAGCCGCCGCAUGGUUUGAGUGGUCCAAGGUUGUCGAUAAUCGGGAACGGAUACGAAUCGAGUGCGCUCAGCAGUCGAUCCCGGUCACGCAGUAGAUCCCGAUCGCGCGAUCGCUCAACCCGCUCCCGGUCCUCCUCGAUCGAGCUGGAGGUGGACUCACCUCCACCGCCUCGAAUCAACCAAUCGCCCACGACGGACAUCCCGCACGUUCCGAAAAACUCGGAAGCCUUCUCCGUGUCGGCGUUGUUGAAGCGAGAAGAUGAACCUAAAUCAAAAUCUCCACUCUCGAACGGGUCGUUCGAUGCAGUUAGACCAAACUACUCGCAGUUCUACGAGCAGAGUCUUCUCAACAGGCCACUGUUCCAUCCGUUUCCUUUCUUCGCGAUGCUGCAGCAGCAAGGACAUCAGCUGAACCCUGCCCUGGCAAAUUACCAUCCUUCCACACCGGAGGAUAUUCUGCGGUUGCGUCACUUCAUGACCCAGAAUGCGGCGGCAGCUUCCGGAGGGGCGGCGGGGGCUCAUCUGGAUUUUAGUCAUCCCCAUCAUCCGCACCAUCUUCUGAUGCGUCCCGACGUUCAUCCACGGAGGGCGCACAAUGGAAAGCGGCCAUACGCCUGCGAGCUGUGCAACAAAUCGUUCGGGCACGAAAUAAGCCUUAAUCAGCACAGAGCGGUACACAACGUGGAGAAAGUGUUCGAGUGCAAACAGUGCGGGAAAGCCUUCAAGCGUUCGAGUACCCUGUCGACGCACCUGCUGAUACACAGCGACACCCGGCCGUACCCUUGCGGGUUCUGCGGGAAACGGUUCCACCAGAAGAGCGACAUGAAGAAGCACACCUACAUCCACACCGGUGAAAAACCACACAAAUGCCAGGUGUGCGGGAAAGCCUUCAGCCAGAGCUCGAACCUCAUCACCCACUCGCGGAAGCACACCGGCUACAAGCCGUUCCAGUGCGAGCUGUGCCACAAGGCGUUCCAGCGCAAGGUGGACCUGCGCCGGCACAAGGAAACCCAGCACACGGAAAUCCGCACCAUGGUCAACUAA